UCUCUUCAGGGCGACAACCAACUCUUAGUCCUGCGUCUUAGACUCCAACCUCAAGCUCGCCCUCAACUCGAAACUAAACAUAACUCGAUCUUUGAAUAGCCAUUGUGGAUGAAGAUAAUUUGCCUGAAACAGGAACUGUAUCAGAAGAGCCAAAGGAAAGUAGCCUCAGCUUAAGGAUGACAACAUUACAGAAUAAAGAAGAACAUGGAAAGGGACCAAUGAAAAGUUUUGCUCCGCCAGCAAAAAAAUUGCGUAGACUGACGCUCACCAACCCUAACUCACUCAAAGAAGACACUCUAGGGAUCACUUCCUCAGAGGGAGAGACUAAGCCAAGUAUGCCAAAAGCCAGAUUUAAGAAGAAGGAGAAACCACCCACAGAGCUUGGUCAAGGCAGUGGUCAAAAGAAGAAAGGAAAGAAUCCACUCAACAAGCAAGCAGAAAAGGAAGCAGAAAAGGAAAGGACUAGUCUUACCAACGAAGAAUAUGAGGAAAUUUUCCAGAUUGUGCUACAGAAGUCUCGAGAGGAGUGCUUGGGCUCUGUCCUUGAUUUUGCAGAGACAUCGUGUGCCCAGCCUAUAGGAGGUACCCAGACAGACAAGGAACUAGGAAUUGCUUCUAAUACUGCUAAUAUUGAUAAUCUUGAUGGAAGGAGGCUUAUCGUGCCAUACACACCAGAGAAUCCAACAUCUCAAGAAAAUGGUGUUGUCUCUGAGAUAAAUGCUAAUAAGCCAGGCCAGCCACAUCCUGUAUCUUCUGAGAAGAAGUGCAACAAACUGUGUUUAAACAAAAGGAAGAAGAAUGCUCAAAAUGGAAAACUGGAGAUAUCCCAAGGUGGGCAUGAGCACAGACAGGAAGAUCAACCAAAGAACUCAGGUCAGGAUCAUGCUCAGAUCACGGAACAGCUUGAAGGAGACAAAGGUGGUUUUGGUCAGUAUCUAGUCUGGGUCCAGUGUUCUUCCCCAAACUGUGAGAAAUGGAGACGGCUGUGUCGGAACAUGGACCCCUCCAUUCUCCCCAGUAAUUGGUCCUGUGACCAGAAUACAGACUUGGAGUACAAUCGCUGUGAUAUUCCUGAAGAGACCUGGACAGGGCAUGAGAGUGAUGUGGCUUAUGCUUCUUACAUCCCAGGAUCCAUCAUCUGGGCCAAGCAAUAUGGUUAUCCCUGGUGGCCAGGCAUGGUAGAACCUGACCCUGACUUGGGAGAGUAUUUUCUUUUUGCUUCUCAUCUGGAUUGUCUGCCGUCUAAGUACCAUGUGACAUUUUUUGGAGAAGCAGUCUCUCGCGCUUGGAUCCCAGUCAACAUGUUAAAGAACUUUCAGGAGCUGUCCCUGGAUUUAGCUGGAGCGAAAAAGUUCAGGAACAAGGAUUACAUCCAGAAACUGGGGCCAGCCGUAAUGAUGGCUGAAGCAGCGGAACAGACCAGCAUUCAGGAGCGGGUUAACUUAUUUGGGUUCCAUAGCCGAUACACUGCACUUGAUGUUACUGAGAAAGGAAAAGAUUUCAUGCCCUCUGAGACUGAUAAGCCAGAUUCCUGCUUGGAGAAAGAAGAUGAAGUGGAGUCCAAGAUUGAGCAAGAGGAAGAAAAAAAAGACCCAACUCUACCUGAUCCCAAGCCAGCUAAAACACAGACCAAAAAAUCCAAGCUAAGAGGGUUGCAGGGUGGUAAUACAGGCCCAGUAGAUGGACAAACUGGGACCCUGCCAAAGAAGACAAAGAGAUGUCUGAGAACUGAAUCUGCAGCUCCUCCUGUGCUCAUAAUGGCAAAGAAAGGAGAUCAAGGGAACUCAGAUUCUCACCAGUCAGACCCUCGGAAAAAGUUCAAAUCUCCCCAAAGCAAGCCUGUGGUAACUGGCUUGUCUAAGGGAAGAAAAGCCAAGAUGGUGCCAGGGAGCCUUACCCCACCCACCCAUCAGGGGCCCUCUCUCAUGGUGAAGGAAGAAGGGCCCGGGCCCCAGGAACCGAGGCAUCAGGGGGCUGCAAGUAUCCCCACUGAAGACGAAGCUUCCAGUGACCUGGACCUGGAACAACUCCUGGAAGACAUAGCAAAUGAGCCUGAGCCAAGAGAGGCGUCACAGCUCCGAGAAGAAGAGGGCCUCCCCAUGGCUUUAUUGAGGAGUAAUUGAGCAAGCUUUCUUUCUUUCUGGGGUGCAGGAGGAAGAGCCCUGCAGUGGGAACCCCUAGAAGUUUAUGGCUAUUAGUUAGCUACAGGUUAAAGCUAGAGUUGUAUGAUUUUAUACAUGAAUAAAAUAAUUACUGCUUUAA